GCGAGCAGGGCGGGCAAGCCCCGCGCGCUCCCCAUGGCGGGGAGCGGGCCGCGGCGGCGGCGGCGCUGACGGGCCCGGGGCGGGGCGGGCGGCCGGCUGGGGCCUGGGCCCGAGGGGGAAGAUGAGCGCUCUCCUAGAGCAGAAGGAGCAGCAGGAGAGGCUGCGGGAAGCCGCGGCCUUGGGGGACAUUCGGGAGGUGCAGAAACUGGUGGAGAGCGGGGUGGAUGUGAACUCCCAAAAUGAGGUCAACGGCUGGACCUGUUUACACUGGGCGUGUAAACGCAAUCAUGGUCAGGUGGUCUCUUACUUAUUAAAAUCAGGAGCUGACAAAGAGAUUCUUACGACAAAAGGAGAAAUGCCAGUCCAAUUGACAUCAAGGAGAGAAAUCAGGAAGAUCAUGGGGGUGGAAGAAGAUGAUGGUGACGACAGCCUCCCCCAGCUGAAGAAGGAGUCAGAACUGCCCUUUGUUCCCAACUAUUUGGCCAACCCAGCCUUCCCUUUUCUCUACACCCCUGCGGCGGCAGAGGAUGCGGCCCAGCUCCAGAACGGGGGCCCCUCCACACCUCCUGCGUCACCCCCUGUGGAAAGCACUCCUCCGCUGCUGCCUGCCGGGGAGCCUCCCCUGGUCGGGGCCUUUCCACGGGACCACGCCUCGUUGGCCCUGGUUCAGAACCGAGAUGUGUCUGCCCCCUCUGCCAUACUCCGAACACCAGAAAGCACAAAACCGGGUCCUGUCUGUCAGCCACCAGUGAGUCAGAGCCGCUCACUGUUCUCUUCUGUCCCGUCCAAGCCACCAGUGUCUCUGGAGCCUCAAAAUGGGACAUACGCAGGGCCAGCGCCAGCCUUCCAGCCAUUUUUCUUCACGGGGGCAUUUCCAUUUAACAUGCAAGAGCUGGUACUCAAGGUGAGGAUUCAGAACCCAUCUCUUCGAGAAAAUGAUUUCAUUGAAAUUGAACUGGACCGACAGGAGCUCACCUAUCAAGAGUUGCUCAGAGUGAGUUGCUGUGAGCUGGGUGUUAAUCCAGAUCAAGUGGAGAAGAUCAGAAAGUUACCCAAUACCCUGGUAAGAAAGGACAAAGACGUUGCUCGACUCCAAGAUUUCCAGGAGCUGGAACUGGUUUUAAUGAUAAGCGAAAACAAUUUCCUGUUCCGAAAUGCUGCGUCCACACUGACUGAAAGACCUUGCUACAACAGGAGAGCUUCUAAACUGACGUACUAAGUUCAGCAGGGACUUUUAUCGCUGAGUAUUGUGACAGUGCGCGUCACCUCCGGGCCAAGGACGAGCCAUGGAUCUAAAUGUCUUGGGCGCCCAGGAGGGCCCCGGUGCCACUGCGUCGUCUACACUAACAUCGUUCUGCCAUGUUAGGGAGCCCCUGACCCCCCGCAGCGGUGCCACUCUUCCACGCCUCUUGGUGCACAAUAAACCUCCUGCUUGAAGCGGUGAACAGCGGAGAAGCUGGAGAGGCCGAAGCCGGCGCUUCUGAGCCCCUGUUUCCCGUGCCCAAGCUAAGUGAGCCGUCUCAGCAGAAGCGGAGAGGGAGCGGAGCGCGGCUGUCGCCCCUCCUGCGGACAGUGCACCUGCAGGGCUUUCUUGGGACUUGCACGCUCACCGCUCUCCUAAGUGUGAACCGGCUAGAGGGGAAAUUGGGGAAAGCACACUGGACAGAUGAUUUCUAGCGCGACUUGGGGCUGUGAGGUUUCACAUAACAUAUUUACCAAUGUUACUCAGGUUUAAAGUAUUUAAGACUACAGUUACCUAGUUGUAAAUAUGCUGUUAACCAAAAGAGCUGCCCCUCCCCCUCUUUGCCCUUUGUGAACACUCAAGACUGCUUCUCUGUCUCCCGUGUCCGCCUUUGCCUGGACAGUCGUCUCUGCAUCGACUCUGUGGUCACUAGAGGGCUCUCUGAUGCUUUCCAAAAGAGCAGCCGCUUUUUUUUUUUUUUUUCUUUUUCUUUUUUUCUUUUCUUUUCUUUAAACCUCUGAAGUGAUUCCUGGCCUCUCCGUGUUUAACCGCACCGUCCGAGAAGAGCACGAACAUCGCCGGCCCGUGUUCCCUACUUGCGUUCCCCACUAGGCACGAAAAGCAAUUUUUGAAACCGAAUCUGUUGCUGUUUUCCAGGUGAUUGUGGGAAACUGAGCUAAAGGAGUUAGCGUCUUUAUUUUUGUAUCAAAGAUAAAGGUUAUUUUGAAAUUCCUAGGGUUUUUACACAACUCCGAAAUCUGUUGCUUUUGUAAACAAAUUGUUUGCCCUUAGGCCUCCCCCACCACCACCCACCCAUCCGCUUCACCGAGGCGGUUUGUGAGCCUGCCAGGCUUUGUUCUGGAAAACACCUGAUUACACUCUUGAGCACGGCCUAGGCCUACGAGAAAUUUUAGAAAUUUUCGUAAGGAACGCCUUCAAGAGUUCCCUUCCUUUCUUUCGGUGUCAUUAACGUUAAAAGAGCCACUGUCUUGUCGAAACCAACAGCUUCACUUUAGAAAUAAGAAUGAGCACACUCAGACGAACAGGAGGGCAGGGGUUCGAAGCCAGCUGUCGAAGAGCAUCCCUGCUGUCUUAAGCUUUUUCCCCAUAGUGCCUAAAUAGUUUCCAAAGAAACUUAACUUCCUAACUGUGUUAAUUUUAUUGGAACGCUGCGAUUGAUUGCUGACGGAGCGAGAGCAUGCAGACGACGUCAAUGGAGGAGAACGCUGGGCCGAGAUAAUGGCCUCCUGUGGCUGCCUCAGUGCUGAGCUGAGGUCGAGGCCGUCCUCAAGGCCGGCUUUGUGGAAUCACUCCGUUCAGUGAGUACACCUUAGUCCACCGAUUCCUGAUGGUGACUCACUCACCCUUGUACGGUGUUCGCACAGCAGAGUCAGACUCCGCAGGGAAGUUACUUAUUACCCCUUCCCUGAAGUGCUUUAAAGAAGAAACCGCCCUGGUGGUUCAACCAAUCGGAAGCUAGUUUACCGAGACAUACUAACCUUCUUUCCUUCCCUUUGGAAAAAGUGACAGUUUACUGAUAACACUAAGGCUAGCUCUAUCCUGGCAGAAAUAAAUCCGGUAUUAAUUCAUGUCUAAAUCACUGGGGUUAAAACUCGUCUAACCAUUUAGAUCAAUUAGAGACUCAGAAGCAGUGGAGGUCCAGGCCGGGAGGUGGCCUACCGAGUGGCUGCAGGGCAUUCCCCCCCCCCCCCCCAACCAGGUUCAGAAACUGGCGAGGGCGAGGGAGAGGCUUGGCGUCUCAGGUGAGGGAUGAGCCCGACACUGUCCUCCCUUCUCCCUUGUAAAGUCCUCUGUGGUCACCUGACUCCCGCCUAAGGCGGUUGGAUGAGACUGACAGUUGCCGGUAGGUGAGUUUAAAGUCUUAAUCUAUGCAUUCAGAGAAAUAUUUUUAUAUGCUUUGUGUAAUUUAUAACAAGGAUUUUUUUUUUAGCUUUGUUAACUGUGAAUUCACCCCCCCUCCACUGCAUAUUUAAAGCAUGUGUUCACACCGUGUGUAAACAUUCACCGAAGAUUGUUUUCUUUGUGCAUUGCCGACUGUUCAAACAUAACCAGUAUUAUUAAAAUUAAAAUAUUAACGAA